GUGCUACACUCACCUCCCAUCUGCAGCCAACAGCUGGAGAGCAACUUCCAACAAGCUCAGGUGUGGUCCGGUUCUUCGCCAUGUCGGCCACGGAGUUUAGCCUCAUGAGAUGGCUGCGGGAACGGAGACAGUCACGGAAAUUAAUCCUCCUGAUCGUGUUUAUCGCCCUGCUGCUGGAUAACAUGCUGCUCACCGUAGUCGUUCCCAUCAUUCCCAGCUACUUGUACACCAUGAUGCAUGAAUCUAACAGCAGUGCCCAUGAAGAAGGGCCAAGUAGACUCUCUACACCCAGCAACUUCCAGACCAUCUUCUCUUACUACGACAACAGCACCCUGUUCAUCGCAAAUGCCACGACCGAGUCACUGCUCCAAGUCAAGGAAGCCACACAACCACCUGAACUCCCCAGUGCUGUGCCAACAUCUGACUGCCCCAAGGCUGACUCAAAUUUACUCAAUGAAAAUGUCAAAGUGGGUUUAUUAUUUGCCUCGAAAGCCACCGUUCAGCUACUGACCAAUCCCUUCAUUGGGCCUCUGACCAACAGGAUUGGUUACCAGAUACCCAUGUUUGCCGGUUUCUGCAUCAUGUUCCUCUCAACGAUCAUGUUCGCAUUUUCCGGGAGUUACGUUUUACUUUUCAUAGCGAGAUCCAUGCAAGGAAUCGGGUCAUCAUGCUCCUCUGUCGCAGGGAUGGGCAUGUUGGCCAGCAUCUACACCGAUGACGAGGAGAGAGGGAAUGCCAUGGGCAUCGCGUUGGGAGGACUAGCGAUGGGCGUAUUAUUGGGACCGCCAUUUGGAAGCAUCUUGUAUGAGUUUGUGGGAAAGACGGCUCCGUUCCUGGUGCUGGCAGUUCUGGUUCUCUUUGAUGGUGCUCUCCAGCUCUUCAUCCUGCAACCCUCCAGAGUUCAGCCAGAGGGCCAGCCUGGGACCUCACUGUUCGAGCUUCUAAGGGACCCCUACAUCCUGAUUGCAGCAGGCUCCAUCUGUUUUGCUAAUAUGGCAAUCGCUAUGCUGGAACCGGCACUGCCCAUCUGGAUGAUGGAGACAAUGUGCUCCCGGAAAUGGCAGUUAGGUGUGGCCUUCCUCCCGGCCAGCGUGUCUUAUCUCAUCGGAACCAAUAUCUUCGGGCCUCUGGCUCAUAGGAUGGGCAGGUGGCUGUGCGCCUUUAUCGGGAUGAUACUGGUGGGAGUGAGCAUCCUCUGUGUGCCAUUUGCCAAGGACAUCUACGGAUUAAUAGCACCAAAUUUUGGCGUUGGAUUCGCUAUUGGCAUGGUGGACUCAUCGAUGAUGCCAAUCAUGGGUUAUCUGGUGGAUCUACGCCACGUCUCUGUCUACGGCAGUGUCUACGCCAUCGCAGAUGUAGCCUUUUGUAUGGGGUUUGCAUUAGGCCCAUCUGCUGGGGGCGCUAUAGCUAAAUCUAUCGGAUUCCCUUGGCUGAUGACGAUCAUCGGAAUCGUGGACAUAGCAUUCGCUCCUCUGUGUCUGUUCCUCAGAAGUCCUCCGGCCAGGGAAGAGAAGAUGGCAAUCCUCAUGGAGCAGAAUUGUCCGGUGAAGAAGCGGAUGUACACCCAGAACAGCACGCAGUCCUAUUACGCCGCUGCUGAGGAAUCCGAGAGUGACGAAUGAGUGCCAACUCCACAUUACGCAGCUAGUUGUUUCUACAUUUCAUUGUCGUAUCAUUGGUCUAUCAGUGACUUAGUAACAAGCCAAAGGUUCCGUGUUCUAUCCCGGCGGAGCAGCGUCUAUAUUGAACGGAGAGCUGCGCACACACCUGGGGUAAGACUGAGGAGUCAUUACACAGCAUGUAUGGGGACAAAUAUUGUGCCGCAAUCCACAGCGGCCUGUGAAGGUGAACAGAUCUGGCUACAAUUUUAGAUUUACUGGGGGAAAUACAAAUUUAAUUCGGUGUUAUGUUUAAGAUUCCUAUACUGUAUACAUGGCCAGAGUUUGUAAGUCCCUUCUGAAAUGAUCCAUUGUUUGGUCUUCAGGUGUGGCCACGUUAGGCUGGAUAGUGUAUAGAGGUACCCCUAGGGAGGUCACUGGUGACCAAUGGCCUCUGUGAAACACCAGAACCUCCCCUUAAUGUUCAAGAAAAAAAUCUGCCACCGUCGCUCUCCGCGUGCGCUCCGCUUCAUCCACGAAUACAAUCACUUCUCAUCUACGCUCCCAAUGUGACACAUAAGAACUACACAUUAUUACCAACCGCCUUACCAAGUUUAAAGAGAAACAGACUUUUAUAGACUCAUUGCUAUAAAUAUUGUUGAAAGAUGUUAUUUUAUGUAUUUAAUUUUAUUACAUAUUAUGCAAUAUAUUUUUAACUACUGUAAUUGUAAUGUAAAUGUGUAUAAAAUGCUAAACGCCU